AUGUUCUAUUCCGAGACCCUCCUGUCCAAGACAGGGCCGCUGGCCCGCGUCUGGCUGUCUGCCAACAUUGAGCGCAAACUGUCCAAGUCGCACAUUCUCCAGUCCGACAUUGAGAGUAGCGUCAGCGCCAUUGUCGACCAGGGCCAAGCGCCUAUGGCUCUACGACUGAGUGGCCAGCUGCUGCUGGGUGUUGUACGUAUCUACAGCCGCAAGGCGCGUUAUCUACUGGACGACUGUAACGAAGCAUUGAUGAAGAUCAAAAUGGCCUUCCGCCUUACAAACAACAAUGACCUGACGACGACAGUUGUCGCACCGGGUGGCAUUACCCUGCCCGAUGUGCUGACCGAGUCGGACCUUUUCACCAACCUUGAUACGUCUCUGCUGUUCCCACAGAACCUGAGCCUGGAGCUGGAAGGCAAGCGACCAGGUGCUAUGGAGUUUGGCGGCAGCCAGCUUCUGCCUGAUAGUAGUUUCCGUCGCUCCAUGUCCCAGGAGCCCGCCCGCCUCGAAGACCCCUCUCUGAUUGACCUAGACCUGGACCUUGGCGAGGAUGAGCUCCCUCUUGGAAUGGAUCACAGUGUUGAAAUUGGUCGUGAUGCUCCCCCUGCUCGCCCCAUGGACGAGGAUUUGUUCAGUGAUUCCGGCAAACUUCACGACGACAGUGACUUGCCUCUUGAUAUUGGCGAUGCCCCGCUCGAAAAGCUUGACUUUGGUUCCGACAACAUGAACGACCCGAUCAUGGAUGAUGGCCCAAUGGAUUUCGGUGACGAUGCUGGCUUUGGCGGCGAGACUCCACGCCCUGAAAGCCGCUUUGCGCGUGAUACCGAAAGUCCGCUUUCCGACGCCGGUUCUGCUCAGAUGAACUUGCUAGAGGAAGAGUUCAACCACGAGGCCCCUCAAGAUGCUGAGGCUCGAACCACGAAGCACGCCCAGCGUGCCAAGCGCCAAAAGGUCAUCGUUGCGGACAAGAAGACCCAUUACAGUUCUCAGCAAGUUAAGGCGAUUCAGGCUGAUCGCUCCGCUAUCAUGCAGCGCUCUUCGUUCUUGCCUCGUGACGCCGUUCUUCUCACGUUGAUGACCCGCCAACAGAACGGUAACUUUGUCUCUAGUAUCUUUGGUGAGGAGCGCAGCCAUGGCUGGGCCCCCGAGCUCCGCGACCUCCUGUCUUUGAGUAACGUCAAGAAAUCCGGCGAGCUCAAGCGCAAGCGUGAUAGCGGUAUUUCUGACAUGGAAGAAGCUGCUGACGUUCCUGCACUGGAGAUCGGCGAGGACGAGGCUAUCGUCACUGUCGAUGAGGGCAUUGGUCUUGACACUGGUUUGAACCUGCAAUCUGAGAUCGACUUCCCGGGUGAUGAUGGCAUCCAGGAUACUGCGCCUAUGAGCGAUGAUGGCAUGAGCGCUUCUAUUGAAGAUAUGGAUGACACCAUUCGCCCUGUUGAUACCGAACCCGUUUCCAUUGGCACCAAGCACGCCGUGCACAUUCUGCGCGAUUGCCUUGGCGACUCCUCCGCCGCUGAGCAGAAGAAGGCUGUCAUGUUCCAGGAUCUUCUUCCAGAGCAACGCUCUACCAAGGCCGAUGCUACCAAGAUGUUCUUCGAGGUCCUGGUGCUAGCCACAAAAGAUGCUGUCAAGGUUGAACAAGGGUCCAAGUCCAUCGGCUCUACCAUCAAGAUCCGUGGCAAGGAGGCUCUCUGGGGUUCCUGGGCCGAGGAGAAUGCUGGCGGCGCCAUGAGCCAACUGUCCCAACUUCAGUAA